AUGGAGUUUUAUCUCAGAGGCCAAAAGCUCUGGGAAAUUAUCACCAUCCCACCACCCAAAGAUGAGAAGCUGUUGGAGGACUGGAAGCAAAAAGCAGACAAGAUCAUGUACAUCCUUGCAGUCACAACAGAAGACCAAUUCCUGCCUCGCAUCAAGGAAAGCAAAUCCCCGAAGGAAGCUUGGGAUACUCUCUCCACAAUCUUCGCCAGGACCAAUGAGGCGAGACUCCAGAGACUGGAGAAUGAAUUGAUGGCACUAUCCCAAGAAACAUUGACCAUUGGUCAAUAUUUCAACAAAGUAAAAAAUGUUUGUGCCGAAAUUUCGAAACUAGAUCCGGAAAAUCCAAUUUCAGAAGCUCGGACAAGAAGAAUCAUCAUUCGUGGCUUGAGACCGGAGUUCAAGGGCAUAAUGACAGCAACAAGAGGGUGGUCAAAGGAGCCAACCCUGGCUGAGUUGGAGAAUCUUCUAGCAAAUGAAGAAAUUCUCGAUGACAAUAUGUCAAAGGCGUCAAUCAAGGAAGAGGAAAAGGCCUUGCUCAGCAAAAGUAAAGACUCUAAUGGUGGAGAGAAGGCUCUUGCAUCAACAAGUGGCCAAAAGGGGUUCAAGAAGAACCAAAAGUGGAACAAGAAAGGGGGCAACUAUCGAGGGGGAGCCCAGAAAAAAUACAACCACCGUUACAAGGGUGGUGACGGAAAGGACAGGAAGGCGCAUGAUCGAGAAAAUGGCAAUUGCUACAUUUGCCACAAGAAGGGUCAUCUAGCCAGAGAUUGCUGGCACAAAAAAGGAAGAAGGAAACGCUGCAACUUCUUCCAAGGUGAAUGA